CCCGGAAUGCGGGGUCGCGGAGGUCCUAUGAGAGGAGGUGGCCCGCCACGUGGACCGCGCGGUUUUCGAGGGCCUAUGCGAGGCGGCGAAAGAGGCGGUCGAUUUCCACCUGGACCCCAAGGCCCAGGACCUCAUCCAGUACCAACUAUUGAAUCUCGAGGCCCACCGCAAAGAGGAGGAUUUAACAAUAAUAGGGGUGGUCCAGGAGGCAUGAGAGGUAGAGGUGGCAGGGGUAGGGGAGAUUAUGGCCCACGCAAUGAUCGAGGUGGUCGUGGAAUGCCUAUGAGAGGUCGUUCAGCUAGAGUCGGUCCUCCACCGAGUGGGGGGCCAGGAGGUCCUGGACCCCAUCCAGGAUCAGGGCCGCAUGGACCAGCAUCAGUCUCCGGUCCAAAUGUACCACCUCGAGCAGCACCUGUACCACACCCAGUAGGUGGAGCACCUCAAAGUGGACCGCCUUUUAAACGAGGAGGUGGUCCUAUUCAUGGAGGCCCUGGUGGGCCACCGAAACGUGGAAGGUUUGAUGGUCCCCGAGGCACCAGUGGUGGUCGUCCUCCACAAGCUGGUGGCUAUCAGCCUGCAGCUCCUUCACAUAAUGUUCCAGCAGCCAAUGGCUAUGGACCCCCAUCGCAUACUGGUUACCAGCCAUACGAACAACCAGCGGCAGAACAAUAUGCACAACCAUCAUACAAUACAUCAAGUUCAUAUCAAAGCAACUACUCUUCACAACCACCUGCUCAGCCAAAUUCAGGCUACAAUUCAAGUGGGUAUGGAUCUAAUUAUGGAUAUUCAACGGGUGGCCAAGGCUAUGAAAAUGACGGUUAUGGCAAUAAUCCUGCUGGUGGAGGCGGUGACGCCGGCUACGGGCCCGCGGAGCCAGUCUACGGCGGCUCUGCGCCUGCCUAUGACUCCUACUCACAACCCUCUUACAACACCUAUCAGCAACAACCACAGUAUGGUAACAACUAUGGAAAAGGAUGAAUGAAAAAUGAUCAUGACAAAUGUUUAAGGAAGAAAAUGUAUAUUUACACAUCUACUCUUAAGAUGUAACUGAAGCCUCGUGCCACGGAAAGGAAGAUAUUAUGGUAAUUCGACAAAAAAGCUGUGAAAAAUAUAGAUUAGAAAUUUUAUAAUUUGUUAAAUAUAUUUUUUGUUACAAUCA